UCUUCGACGGAUCAAAAAAGGGGAAGCAAGACACUGGCAGAAGUCGUAGUUCUUGUUUUGCCACUUAUACUGCUGCCGCAAGCUGUGUGAUCAGCAGUAAGGCGUGUUGAUUGAAAACCCUCUGUGUCGGCCAAGCGACGCGGUACGCUCUAGUGCUUUAUUCACCAUCACCUCCCUUUGACUCCGGCCAACAACUACGUCAUACAUAGCACUCUUGCCAUAUUCGAAAAAAGUUGUCCGUGCGGAAUAUUUGUUCGACGAUCGAACCGCCCGCAAUAAAAGCCCGCCGACAGCGCUCCACAUAACACAGCACCCACCCGCGACCUUGACUGCAACCGUCUACCAGACAGCCUUCCAAUCGCACCAAAGAACAAAUCUCUUCUGCUCAACAGCAAAAGCCAUCUUCUGCUUAACAGCACGCUUGAUUCUCGCGCAAUUGCACACUCAUGCUCUUACCUCAGUCUCGCAACUUCAACAUCCGCAACCACCAAACCAUAACUUCGUACAUGUCACCCAAGAGGUCUGUCCGCACGAAUCGCGCCCAGUCCGCUGAGCCGCGCUUCAUGACGCCCACCAUCGCCUCGAAUGCGCGCGCCCGUCGUGCCACUUCCGCUGAGCCCACCGUUCCGACCAACCCAGCUUCAGCCCGCGCCACGCGUGCCAACUCUCCUACCAGUUCAUCCAAGGCCUCUAAUUACACCUCAACCUCCCCCAAGCCCAUCAAGCGCACCGCCAAAGCGCCCACCAAACUCCAAGCUCUUUCGACUCGCUUGGGCCUGACCCUGAGCAAGAUACCAUCCUCCAGCAAGCCCGUUCCGGCAAAGCCCAGCCAAAAGGUUCUCAACGAUACCACCGCCGCGCCCGCUUUCGAGGGCAACCGUAAGCUUCAGCGCACGGGCUAUGGCGAUGCGCGCGCCGCCCGCGAAGACCAGAUAGGUGCCGCGAUGGCAACCACCGCACGGGCGAAGGGUCUGAUCGACGACGAGACUGCGAAGUUCUGGGGUACUCCGUGGCACCAAAAGGGACACAUGGAGCUGAAUUGGACCCAGAAGAUCAUCGACAAGCACAACGCCGAGAACGGCAUUGUACCGGAAACUGUGAUGAGCCUCAAGGAGGCGGAGGCCAUCAAGAAGAAGAAAGAUCAGGAUUUGGAGGACUGGGCUAAGGCUUACAUGACCGGCCAAAUCGACGAGAACGGAAACCGGAUCACGCCGGGCACGAAAAAGCCCGUCUUCAAGUCGCAGCUCCAGGAGCAGGACGAGCGUAGGGCAGCGCGGAAGAUGGAGGCGAAGAAGGAACCGCUGAACAAGGUGCAAGAGGGUCGUAUCGCGAAGAAGACUGCAACAAAGCAGACCUCCGAUUUGCCCACCAUCGCUGAUGCUUCGUCGUACGCGGAUUUUUUAGGCCAGAAGCCAGCUGCGACGCCGGCUGUGAAGAAGGCUGCAAGGAAGAUCACCAGAAAGCCGGCUUCGGCCACGACCGAUAACCACCCUCAUGCAAUGGAAACCCAAUAUGACGCUCCUAUCAGCCCCCUGCCCGGUCGCCCUUCGUAUGCCCAGUACAAAUAUCAAGACCUAAAUGCGCUCUGUCGCGACCGCAACAUCAAGUCUGGUGGUGGCGAACAGGCCUUGCGAUACCGCCUGAUCCGAGACGACACCUUGGUCCUAAACGGAGAAUCGCAUCUCCGCGACGCAAAGAACUAUUCUUGUCGCAAAGAACAUGAUCAUGUGGCUCCAGUCGUGGCAAACGCGCCUAUCGCUGAUCGCGCACAACAUCAGCAGCAGAAGAAGAAGACCGCAAAGCGCGCCCGGGAUGACAACGAAGACGACGAACGGCCCAAGCCCAAGGGCAAGAAGGUGAGGACCAGCUAAGCUCCCGCAUCUC